UGAACAUGCUGCACAUGCGCAGUAGGCCCAACGAAACUUCCUGCAAAAUAGUGCUCCCUAACAACAGACAAAGCUUGUGGAUUCAGUGGAAGACGCUUGAUUAAAAGCGUUUCUCGUGCACUCCUUCAAUGCAGGGUCCCGACGCACUCUCCAGGUGCAGAGAGUAGGCUGAGCGUGCAGACAUGUCCGGUCGUCCUGCUGCAGAGAUGGUCGACUCACAGGAGCUGCCCGAGCUGCCGGCAAAGAAGGCUAAGCUUGAGAUAGACGGUGGACUGGAAGAAGAGCCGAGUCAUUUAGGUGAGCAUAGGGGUCGGGCUGCUGUGUUGGGAUCCUCCGAGCAGGAAAGCUCUUACUCUGCUCUGUCCACAGCCCAGCUUGAUCCAGGUGAUCAGGAACAGUCAGACGCCGGCAGAGGAGCGGCACCUCAAGCAUGCGGCGACUCCAUGAACUCGUAUGCACAUCCUGUUACAGACUCAACGGCAACAUCUGAAUACACCCAACAGGUUUAUCAAGGAAGCAACCCAUCAGUGACGUCAUACACCAACCAGGUGGCCUUCCCUCCUCUGGCCCAGUCCACUGUGUACUCUGCCUUCCCUCAGACAGGCCAGACCUACGGCCUCCCGCCCUUCGGUGCUAUGUGGCCAGGCAUUAAAACUGAGACAGGGCUGCCUGAGGCGCCCUCUGGUGGCCAGCCUGGGUUUCUCAGCUUCAGCACCGCAUAUACCUCCACCCAGCCCGGCCAGCUGCACUACUCAUACCCCAGCCAAGGCUCAAGCUUCACAACAUCCAGUGUGUACUCCAGCAUCCCUUCAGCGACAGCCGUCACCACAACCUCCCCCACAGUGGCCCACCAGGAGUUCAGCAGCUACACCUCUCUGGGACAGAGUCAGUUCUCGCAGUACUACGCUCUGCCUCCCAGCUACACCCCCGCCGGGCUGCCCAGCAGCGAGGACCCCGGGGCCGCUUUGGGAGCGGCCGGAUAUUCAGCGAUAAAGUCAGAGCAAGCCGCCUCUGCAGGUUUACCUCCCAGAGAUGCGUCCCCUCCAGAGAACCUCCCAGCUGGGGCAGCCCUCCCCACCAGUGUGGCCCUCCCCCCCGGAGCCAGGGACCAGGACGAGGUUGGACGCAGGAACUCAGUAGGCAAAUCCAAAGGGAAGGGCAAGAGGCCCGACAGCUCCCCGCCUGCUGACACCGACCUGGAGCGCAUUUUUCUCUGGGAUCUGGAUGAGACCAUUAUUAUAUUCCACUCACUGCUCACCGGAUCCUACGCACAGAAGUUUGGCAAGGAACCAGCCACAGUGCUGAACCUGGGCCUGCAGAUGGAGGAGCUGAUCUUCGAGCUGGCAGACACCCACCUCUUCUUCAACGACCUGGAGGAAUGUGAUCAAGUCCAUGUGGAGGAUGUUGCCUCUGAUGACAACGGACAGGAGCUGAGUACCUACAACUUCUUGACGGAUGGCUUUAACGGGGCCAGUGGUGGGGGGACGUCAGGAGGCACCACAGGGGUGCAGGGGGGCGUGGAGUGGAUGAGGAAACUGGCCUUCCGCUACCGCCGGCUAAAAGAGAUCUACAAUAACUAUAAAGGGAAUGUUGGAGGCCUGUUGAGCCCGCUGAAGGGGGAGCUGCUCCUCCGGCUGCAGAGUGAGAUCGAGAACGUUACAGACGCCUGGCUCAGCACGGCGCUCAAGUCUCUGCUGCUCAUCCAGUCCAGGGGGAAGUGUAUGAAUGUGUUGGUCACCACCACUCAGCUGGUGCCAGCUCUGGCCAAGGUGCUGCUGUACGGCCUGGGAGACGUCUUCCCCAUCGAGAACAUCUACAGUGCCACUAAAAUAGGUAAAGAGAGUUGCUUUGAAAGGAUCGUCUCUCGCUUUGGAAAGAAAGUAACGUACGUGGUGAUAGGUGACGGUCGAGAUGAGGAGUUUGCAGCAAAACAGCACAACAUGCCUUUCUGGCGGAUCUCCAAUCACGGAGACCUCGUGUCCCUGCACCAAGCGCUGGAGCUGGACUUCUUGUAAAGGAGGCAGCGUGUGAAUGUCGCACACUAAAAGGGAAAAUGUAGUCGUCAUCCUGUCGGUCUGUGGAGUGACAUUACGUGAGAAAACCCUCCACAAACUCUAAUUAGAAGCUCUGCCCUGACUGGAUGACUCACUGUGUGAUGUGUGAUGGUAACGUACUGAGGCGGACUUUGGGUCGGAGCGGACAGUGAGACAGACUGGAUGCUGAGUUAAGGUUCCUCAGGCCCAGCACUCCCUCCUCUACGGCAGCUAACCUCACCGCGGCUGAAACUGGCACUGAUCUGGACACAGAAGGGAAGACAUCCAUUUUUUUCCCUCCUUUGGUCACAUCUACUUUUUAGGUAUCAACAUUUUGAAUCUCCUUAAAAAAACCAAAGGGCCAUUUUUGUUUAUUGGCGUUCUCUUAUGUUGUUGUUGUAGCUUUUUUAUUUAGUCUCUGUGUUACUAAGAAUGAUAUCAAAGAAGUUUAAAAAAAAAAAUCUCUUCUGGGUUAUUUUGCACUCAUUCAAAGACUUGAAAUCAUCAUUUUGCAGAAGUUAAUGGCAGUAUCAAAUAAUCCCAACAACCAAAAUCUCAGGUGGCCAUUCAGUUAUUUAAAAUGAGGAAUUAGAUGAGGUUAAAAAAAUGUAACUUGAUCAUGACCUCCCCUCCUGACCCGAUCCAACCACACCAAACCACCAGUCAGAUGUCCGGCUUCUUCACUCUGUUGCAACACAGACGUGUGGUUCUUCUUUUUACACACAGUGUGUGUGACCUGAGGGCAGUGAGCAUGCUGGGAAUCAAGAGACGCUGGUCACACUGACAAAGCUGAAUGUGCCUCUUCGUAACACUCAGUAAUAUAAUGGUAAAGGGAAGUUAGAAGAGCAGGAUCCUCCAAACAAAUGUAAAAAAACACACAUUUAUUUCAGCAAGGACUCAUAUUUCCCCAGUAGUAGUAUUCACAGUAUUGGUAAGAAAAUGCACGGGUUCUUGAGCAUAACGAUUAAAUUGUGGAUAAAAAAAUAAUUCAAUUGAUUAGUUGAAAGAAAAUGACGCACGUGGUGAUAGGUGAGGUCAUCAACUCCACCCAAAACGUAUUUAAAAUGUUCUACAGGAGUUGACUCCUUUUCCUUUAGGCAUUGCAUUUUAAGUGCAAAAUUACCAAAAUUGACUCUUUGGGUAUUCUUAAUUUUGUCUGGUGGCUAGACGCAAUAUACUAAUGAUCUGCUUAACAUUAGUAUAAGCCGCUCAAAUCUACAAAUUUGGUUAAUUAAAUGGAAGAAUUACAUUUUCCUUUUAUAGGUUAAGACUUCUUAAACUCUAUAAACCAUUGAAAAACCUAUUAAUUACAUGAAAAAUGCUUUGAAAGAAAGUUAGUUACAGGUCUGUUAUCUGAUUUUAUACUAUUACUUGUAUAUAUAUCUAUAUAUAUAUAUAUAUAGAUAUAUAUAUAUAUAUAUAUAGAUAUAAAGCCGGUUGUUGGUGUUCCUCAGGGAACCGUCCUGGGUAUCCUUGCAAUCCUAUUCGGGGUCUAACUUCUGUCAAAUACGUUUUAAACAGUGUUUGGUUAAAAAUGGCAGAAUAUGUAUUCGAUUUAAAAUAAUGGGGUGACUUGGAGAUUGGACAGCUUAAUCAGGAUAGUGUGACUUUUAACAAACACUCUAAAUCAUGUUUUCUGUACAGUGAGCAUUUUGAAGUCGAGGCAGGGAAUUUCGGGGGGAUCUCCCCCAUGGAUGGAUUACAGAUCUGUGCAAAGAGGCCUGUUUGAAGUUAACAUUCACCGAGCUCAGGUAACACUGUGUCCUGUUUUGUUUUGCUCCCGAUCCCUAUCACAGUCUUUUACCUUCAGAGCGAGACUGAUCUGUCGGCUUAUUAGAUAUAGUUAUAUCUUCACUGAUAGGUAACAAGAAAUCAUUGUGCAAAAAUAUUAUUAAGAAUAUGUUUCCAACCAAUAACUGUUCAUGAUGUAUCUUGAACACAUCUUUAUCAAGUUUGCAUAUAAUGGAAAUACAUUUGCAGUUUCUUUUGCCUACUCUGUCAAUUUGGUGUAAAGGGAAAGUUUGCCACAUAUAUGUGGAUGUCCAAUCAGUUUCAACAGGAGAAGUACAUUCUUCAGUGCAUGCUAUAUUGACUGUAAAAGCUGAGGUUACCUUCUCACAGGCUUUAGUCAGCCAAUCACUGAAAAAUGUGUCCUAAUCCAUAACCUCAUCUGCACUCAUAUUUUGUGAUGUCAUUUUCGGCGUAACUAGUUUGCAUACAAGCCAAAUUACAUGGAAGUUCUUUGUUAUGCAGCCGUGACAGCCGUGACAGGAAUCAUCACGUUUCCGGAUUUUCCUUCCGUGUAUCUUUCCCACUGAGUCUUGUGAAAUGUUCAGCAAAGCUAUUAGGGAAUUUCUUCAAAUUUGGCAGAAAGAUAAACUGGGACUCAAGCAUGAACUGGUUAUAAUGUGGGGGUCAGCUUCACUGUGAACACACAACACAUGUUGUCUAUAACUCAAGAUUCAGUUACACAAUUGAAUUCAACAGGUUUAGCAAGUAAUGGAAUGUCAUCUAGAGCAAACUGUCUGACUACCCCUAAGGGGAAAUGUAAACUGAAAGUAUUCUCGGAACUUCUUUCUAUAAAUCACUUGCAAAGGAAUUUAAUUUGCCUGCCCAUAGCAAAUGAUGGGCAACCCAUACUGUUCAGGAUGUGGGUGUAGAUCUGCAGAAGCAGGAAGCGUUAGACAAAAGGUCUCUUUCUCCAACAUGUACUAAACUGAAAUUCAGCUGCAGUUUUUAAACCGACAGCAGCACUGAGAUAAUCCGUCCGCUCUCUCAGUCUCUGACUCGGAUAACGCAUUAAGGAGGGUAAUAAUAACUAAAGAGGUUUAAUUUAAAACCGCCUUCUCCAAGUAAAGCAUCUCACCCCAUGAAGAGAGCAGGAUACAUAAAGCUGUAAAACCAUUUGGGAAAACCGAGGGAAAAAAUGACGUGUUAGCCAGUAGAAUACCAUUUUAUUAAUUUGACAUGUCAGAUUCUUUGUCGAAAUGAUAAUAUACCAAAACAUGUAAAUUGCAUUCUUCUGUUUCCCAGUUUUUCAAGCAUUCAUUGUAUUAGAUAGUUAAAAACUAUAGCUGCAAAAAAUGAUUAUUGAAAAUGGUGCAGAUUAUUUUCUUUUGUACUUGAUAACUCAACAACUUGUCAAUAAAAAAAAAAAAAAAAAGAAUCAGCAUCUAUUUUGAACAUCAUUUUGGUUAAAAUUGUGCAAUUAGCUGGUUCCUGAUUUGCAAAUUGAAAUAUUUGAUGUUUUUCUUUGACUCAUAUGAUUGUAAAGUAAACAUAUGUUGCUUUUGUUAUAUUAAUCCUUCAUAUUUCAAAAGCCCAAAAAUAUUUCAAAUAAAAGAGGAAUAAGAACAAUUGCAAAAGUUCACAGCAACCCAAGUGAAUUCAGAAUGAGAAAGUGAAUUGUGGUACUUCUGCUUUAAGAAAUGACUCUGAUUGUCAGAAGAGUUAGCAAACGGAUCAUUCAUUCACGCAUCUGUCCAUUGAGAUUUUUAGUUGUCCGACAUCUGAAAACCCCAGAAUCACUUGUACCGCUUUAGUUUUCAUUCACAACCUCUGGAAGGCGCAUUGUAACACACGGUGAUGACAGUGCAAUACAUUUUACUUUGCUCAUUAACCGUAUUUAAGGGAUUCUCAUUUUGUGGAAAACCCAGAGGGAGAUGAGAUUACGACUGAACAAUUCUGAGCCUGAAGAAGAUUUCUUAUUUACUGUCAUGCAGCUUGACCGUUAAGAAUGUGUAUUUUUGUCUGUCUUGUGUUUCUGUGUAUGUAUAUUGUGCCUUUAUCCAUCAUCUGUAUGCAUAAUCUCAAAGGGAAAUAUGUAAGUCUUUUGUUUGAUACAUUUAUCACUGCAUUGUUCUAUUAUCAAAAGUGUUAUCUUACUCUUUUUUUUAACUCAAGUGUUUUGAUUUGUCCUGUCUGCACUGUAUUUGAAAGUCGUCUUUCUAGAAAACUAUAAUGUCAAUUUUUGGGGAGGAAAGGUUUAUGUCCGUCACUCAUUGUUUAAAGAAAACAAAUCUAAGUGAAGGGCUAAAAUGGUUUCUUUGCUUGCUGUAAAUUCCAGAAAUGUUUCCAGGAAAAUCAAUCUCAACUAAAUCUGUUUUUCUUAUAUUUUCACUCCACGUUCUGCUUUCUUUUUGAAUUAUGCUUCCUUUUAAAAAGGCGAUGCAUUUAUUUUUAUUGCGGUGAUACCCACCAUAGCUUAGAGACAAUCAUCUAUAGAACAUGGUAUUUUUUAAUGCAGAUAACUAAAGUGAAAAUAUUUGUUCUCAGUCCUGACACGAACAUUAAGAACCCAUACACAUUUGUAUUUUUCUGCUCAUUGUGUUUUCUGUUUAUUUCUAUACUCUGUCUGCAUGUCAUGUCUGUCUUGAAGUAUACCAUGACCAUGUAUUCUUCUGUAUCCUCUCUUUCUUUUCAAUGCCAAAUGCUGUUAUUAUUUUUAAUCGUGUGUUUUGUGUUUCCAACAUGUAUUUCAUCUCAUCUUCGAGGACUUGUGAGGUCACAUGGGGUUAUGUAAAGAGCCUGACUGUGAUCCUGAAAACUGAUCAUAAUAAUCGAUGCUAAAUGAAUUACCAUAAUCACUAUUUCCCCCACAUUAGGUGUUUGGGACCUCGACACAGUGCUGUAUGGUUUUCCUGUGUUCACUCAAUACAGUGUAAAUAAACUUUAAACAGUUUCCAUCACAA